AUGGCUUGGUUUCAAUUUCAGCUCAUUGGAUACAAUGAGAAGCCAGUCAACCUGCAGAUUUUCAUUGGAACGGCAGACGAUCGCUACUUGAGACCACAUGCCUUCUACCAGGUGCACAGAGUAACGGGGAAAACGGUGGCUACUGCUUGCCAGGAAAGUGUAAUAAGAAGUACAAAGGUUCUGGAAAUACCUCUCCUCCCAGAAAACAAUAUGUCCACAAGGUACUGGUCAUAACCAUGCAAGAUUUAUGUUUUCAAAGGCUAAAAAUAUAACAUUUGUGCUUGUAAUUUAUUGGUUUUAUUAUCUAAAAUGUAAAAUGGCUUCCACUGUGAAUUCUAUUCAUUUUUAAAGAUUUAGAACAGAUCAUAGCAUGUUAAAAAUGGGAACGGAUUGUCAUCUGAAGAAUAAGCAUAUUUCUACAUCUAGAAAAAAAGAUUGAAACAGACCAUAGCUUUGCUAUGUUGUCAUGGAAAUGUGGCUGCCUUCCAUAAUAGAAAAAUCCAGGCAUUGUUUUGUCUCGAGACUAGAUCUCUCUCACACUAUCUGAUACAUGUUGUGACUAAUCAACAAACUGCAAAACACCAUAAAAUUACACAUGAAAAAUGUGAACUAUUUAUAGCAUUAUGGGCCUACUUUAUUAGCUUACUGUCAUUAUUCAAAUGGGCAUUUUUAUAUUCAUAUGGCCUUUAUAUAAUGUUGUCUCAUGCUUGUAUAUCCCCCUCUACAGUAUUGACUGCGCAGGCAUCUUGAAGCUGAGGAACUCUGACAUUGAGCUCAGGAAGGGGGAGACAGACAUCGGGAGGAAGAACACACGUGUGCGAGUGGCAUUCCGUGUGUAUAUCCCUCAGCCCAGCGGCAAGGUCCUGUGUCUGCAAGCUGCCUCUAUUCCUGUGGAGUGCUGUGAGUAUCUUUAUUCAGUAGGCCUACAUACUGUAUAUGGCAGGGUUCCCCAACUGGCGGCCCACGGGCCAAAUUUGGACCGCAGGUGAUUGUUCCGGCCCCGUGACCAUCCACUCAAGAAAAAAUCGGCCUGCGACUGAAUCUAGUUGAUGAUCCCUGCUACAGUGGCUUGCGAAAGUAUUCACCCCCCUUGGCAUUUUUCCUAUUUUGUUGCCUUACAACCUGGAAUUUAAAUUGAUUUUUUGGGGGGUUUGUAUCAUUUGAUUUACACAACAUGCCUACCACUUUGAAGAUGCAAAAUGUUUUUUAUUCUGAAACAAACAAGAAAUAAGACAAAAAAAACAGAAAACUUGAGCGUGCAUAACUAUUCAUAUAAUUUCCCUGUAUUUAGUGCCAUCCAUCAUACCUUCAGUUUCCCAAUACCUGCCGAUGAAAAACAUUCCCACAGCAUGAUGCUGCCACCACCAUGCUUCACUGUAGGGAUGUUGUUCUCGGGGUAAUGAGAGGUGUUUAGUUUGCGCCAGACAUAUUGUUUUCCUUGAUGGCCAAAAAGCUCAAUUUUAGUCUCAUCUGACCAGAGUACCUUCUUCCAUAUGUUUGGGGAGUCUCCCACAUGCCUUUUGGCAAACACCAAACGUGUUUUCUUAUUUUUUUCUUUAAGCAAUGGCUUUUUUCUGGCCACUCUUCUGUAAAGCCCAGCUCUGUAGAGUGUACGGCUUAAAGUGGUCCUAUGGACAGAUACUCCAAUCUCCGCUGUGGAGCUUUGCAGCUCCUUCAGGGUUGUCUUUGGUCUCUUUGUUGUCUCUUUGAUUAAUGCACUCCUUGCAUGCUCCGUGAGUUUUGGUGGGCAGCCCUCUGUUGGCAGGUUUGUUGUGCCAUAUUCUUUCAAUUUGUUAAUAAUGGAUUUAAUGGUGCUCCGUGGGAUGUUCAAAGUUUCACAUGGUGCCGCUUGCUUGGUGGUUCCCCUUGCUUAGUGGUGUUGCAGACUCUGGGGCCUUUCAGAACAGGUGUAUAUAUACUGAGAUCAUGUGACAGAUCAUGUGACACUUAGAUUGCACACAGGUGGACUUUAUUUAACUAAUUAUGUGACUUUUGAAGGUAAUUGGUUGCACCAGAUCUUAUUUAGGGGCUUCAUAGCAAAGGGGGUGAAUACAUAUGCACGCACUACUUUUCCGUUAUAUUUUUCAUUUCACUUCACCAAUUUGGACUAUUUUGUGUAUGUCCAUUACAUGAAAUCCAAAUAAAAUCAAUUUAAAUUACAGGUUGUAAUGCAACAAAAUAGGAAAAACGCCAAGGGGGAUGAAUACUUUUGCAAGGCACUGUAUAUAGUAUGUACACUAGCUGGUUGAGAGAAUGCCAAGAGUGUGCAAAGCUGUCAUCAAAGCAAAGUGUGGCUAUUUGAAGAAUCUCAAAUAUAAAAUAUAUUUUGAUUUGUUUAACACUUUUUUGGUUACUACAUGAUUCCAUAUGUGUUAUUUCAUAGUUUUGAUGUCUUCACUAUUAUUAUACAAUGUAGAAAAUAGUAAAAAUAAAGAAAGACUCUUGAAUGACUAGGUGUUCUAAAACUUCUGACCGGGAGUGUACAUACAUUCAAAGAUACUGAGUUUUUCUUGAUUAUGGGACUUGACCAGGAAUAGUCUUUAUUUAUAUAACCUGUAUUAAGUAAUUGGCUAUAAUAAUUAGGUAAGGCUAUAACUAGGGGCCAGAGUUUUCCCCUUUUAUUUAUUUUAUACAGAAGCCUACAUAAUGUUGUUUUACUGUACAGUAUAUUUAAUAGUUAAAUGUAAUUGGCUUGCAGCCCAGCGCUCGGCCACAGAUCUUCCCCAGAUGGAGAGCUGCAGUCCCGUCAGGUGCUUGGUCAGUGGGGGGGAGGAGAUGGUCAUCACUGGCUCCAACAUAUCCCCAGAGUCAAAGGUCAUCUUCCUGGAGAAAAGCCCUGGUAAGAGACGGUGACGCUGCCCAACUUCAGCAGAGGUUUAUUAAUGUGUUAUUAAUUGUGAUGUUUUAUCUCUCCAGAUGGACACACACAAUGGGAAGUUGACGGAAAAGUUAUUGGAGAAAAGAGUAAAAGAGUAAGUAGUAAUGUACAUUACGUUAUUAAAAGUUACAUGAAAUGGACUUCACAGAAACUGUGGAUCCCUUGAAUAGAUAAUAAAUCAUUUUGAAACAUUCUCUUUGCAGUCCAGAAUCGUGGUUGAGAUUCCUACCUACCACAACACCACUGUGAGCUCUGCAGUCCAGGUGCAGUUCUACGUGUGUAACGGGAAGAGGAGAAGAAGCCAGACACAAAACUUCACAUACUUGGCUGGUGCUUCUCCACACCAUUAUCCCACUGCCAUUGACUGUGCAGUUGUGGCUACUCGGGUGAAGCAGGAGCACGGAGACUCAGCCUAUCUGUCUACCUGCACCAAUCCCCCUGGCCUGUAUCCAACCAGCAGCCAGCUGACUUCUCCUGAUGGGGCCUUCUCUCAGGACAGGCCCUUGUAUGGUUCCUCUGGUGUCCACCCAGUGCCUUGUGGUCCAUCCUCCCAGGCAGCAUACACUCCCUCUGGCUCCGCGCCUCUUCAGCACUCCCCUCACCUCCACAGCUACAGCCCCCUUAUGGGAUACCAGCGGAUAAGCCUUAUGCAUACACCUGACCCCAUGCCACCCCCUCGGACAAGGCCUGUCUACCAGGCCACACAACACAAUGUGCCUUACAGCGGCCAGGCCAGCUCUCCCAUGAGACCUGGCCCUGCCGCACCCCAGGUCAAUCGACCUCAGUCUGCCCAGACCAGACCAGCUGCCUCCAGCCCUCAUAGGGAAAGUGUGAUGUACCAGAGUCUCAUUGGACCUGAUCUCUCUGGCGCCACUCUCCAGUCUGCAAGAACCCACACCCAGAAUACAACCCAGCUGCACUCUCUAAGCUACCACUGCUCCCACUCAGACUCUGACCUAGCAGCCUUACAGGCUGAGUAUAAUUUGAGCUAUCACUCUGCCAGAAACUUGCCUGCCUCGUAUUCCCCCACCCCUGGAGCACAAGCAACCUGCUCCACCUCCCCGUCAGCAUCAGCCUCCUCUUGGGGUCCCCUGAGGCACCUGUCCCCCAGCAGAGCCCAGGGCCUGGCCUCUAGUAUCGACCCCCAGGAGUGUCCCCCAGCCCCCAAUUUCCUCUUCUCAAACGACCAAGGGAAAGUGAACAUCAAGCAGGAACCAGAGGAGAAGCUGCCCCUCGGCUCCAUGGGGCUCCAAGAGAUCACACUGGAUGAUGGUAAGAGGCUCAGAUGAUACAUGUUUUCUAGGGUAUUUAGAGCACAGUUACUACUGGGCCAUUAGUUAUGAAUGAAGCGACAGAAUAGAUGAUUUUACCCUCUCUGAUCGGUUUUAUUUAUUUUAUUCUCAGGAGAGUUACUUUAAACAAUCAGUUAGAAAGCAGAAAUAAAGAACAUUACAGUGCAGGAAUCAAUGGAUGCCGUUGCACUGUGGGCUAGGUGAUAGGCAGCAGUAGGACUGGCUGUAAUUACAAGCCUUCAGGGGCCAGGCAAUGAACCAUAAAGCUCUCAGGCUCUCACCAUGCCGACCAGAUAUUGUAAUUAAUCACCUCUCGCUGGACGGACUUUGUUUGUCCCGACCACACAGUCAGUGACUGUGGCCCAGUUUUGUUGUCACCAUAGGCAUAUGCCCACUAGGUCUUUGUUUGCUAUCCUACAGGGCUGCAUGGCUGCCUGCCCAUGUGUGUGUGUGCGCGAUUGUGCACAUAUGUGUAUGUGUGUUUGCGUACAUUAUGAUCUAGGUCAGGGCUCUCCAACCCUGUUCCUGGAGAGUUACGUCCUGUAGGUUUUCGCUCCAACCCUAUUCUAGCAUACCUAAUUCUAAUAAUUAGCUGGUUGAUCAGCUGCAUCAGGUUAGUCACAACUGGGGUUGGAGUGAAAACCUAUUACUGGGUAGCUCUCCAGGAACAGGGUUGAAGAACCCUGAUCUAGGUUAAUUAUAGGCAGGGGCCCUGGUUGCUAGUUGAGGAGAUUACACUUUUAACUGUGGUUGGAAUAGCCUAGACACUAUAAUCACACAGAGGAGGCUAAAGGUACCUUGCAUGCUAAUCUGCUUCAGUUACUGUCUGUGGCACAGCUGUCACAGGGCAGUGAUGGCAGGAAUUCAUAACACCCGCACAACCCCCUCACUACAUACGGCUUGGAAAUAAGACCACUGGUCUGAGUUGGUGGAAGGGUCCUCUUUGAACUUGACUUUCACCCUAGAGGGUUUCUGAUACUUAAAUUAAGAUACAGCAAGCUUAUGCCACAUUAGGUGAUAUUAGAUAAUGAUUUAAUUCAAAGGAUUGAAUCUAUUUUAAUUUCAAAUGACAGUGAUGUCAUUGAUCUACAGUGAAAAAUGUAUGCACUCACUAACUGUAAGUCGCUCUGGAUAAGAGCGUCUGCUAAAUGACUAAAAUGUAAAUGUAAAAUGUGCUGGGAUCUUUUAGUUUUAGUGAUUUUGUUUUGCUUAAAGCAGAAACUAGUUUAAGGCCCUUACAGUGUCUUGUAACUGGUAUUGGAGGAAGGGAGCUGGUGCAGUCAAGCUGUCUGAGUUCCCGUCAGUCUGUUGGUUGGGACAGCCAGGGACUGGAUAUUUCGGCCCCACGGUGCUAGCCUGGUGCUGUGUGUUUGUUUACAUAUGUUUGUUUGGGCUGCAGGUAAGCGGUUAGAGCGUUAGGCCAGUAACCGAAAGGCCUAAAGGGUUGAAUACCCGAGCCGACAAGGUGAAACAUCUGUCGGUGUGCCCUUGAUCAAGGCACUUAACCCCAAUUUGCUUCAGGGGUGCCGCACUACUAUGGCUGACCCUGUAAAACAACACUUUUCACUGCACCUAUUCGGGGUAUGUGGCAAUAAAACAAGUGUUUUGUUGUUGUCUAUCAUCUACCCUCAUACACAGCUUGGGUUUCAAACACACCACAUUUUCAUGGGCAGGCUAUGAAUAGACAGUGUAUAUGUGGCCAUUCAAUCCAUGUGUUUUUGUUGCACUGUGGGGAAUAUAAAUAGACAUCACAAAUACAGACUGGAGCCUCAGCCUUCCACAUGGAUCACACCCUUUGAUAAAGCUCCAGAAUAUGUUCUCACCAUACAGCCAAUUCUAACCUUUAGACCAGGCCUCAAUGCUUGGUUGUUUUUCAUAAUGUGUGACAUCUCUAGAUGGAGAGUGUCACUAAAAUAACACAAUGUACAGAUGUAGGAUCUUAAUUUGAUCAGUAUUUUGUUGAUGAGGAUUUUCCUGCACUGCAGAAAAUGCAAAUGCUUCUAAAGUUUGUAAUUUCCACUUUAAAAUGUCAGACCUGAUUUGCCCUAACGUAAAGUUUAUCAACCCCUACAAAGAAUAUCCAUUAAUUAUAAUUGACAUAAUCAUUCACAUUUCCUGUUGCUGCAGGAUUCUUUUCCAGCUUUAGCAAACUGGCUCAAAUUAAGUUCCUACAUCUGUACCAACAAUGCACUGUAUGUUUUUACAUUUUACAUUUACGUCAUUUUUAGCAGACGCUCUUAUCCAGAGCGACUUACAGUUAGUGCAUACAUUUUUUAUUUAUUUUUUAUACUGGCCCCCCGUGUCAGUGUUGUAUUGCUUGAUGUGUCAUUUACUUACUUUUACGUUUGGGAUUUGGUUUAGAUUUAAAAGAUGGGCAAUGCUGCCCUCAGAUGGCUGAAUCAACUAUAAAGAAACCAACGACGAGACUUGAAACUAAACCCCUGUGUGUCUCUCUUUUGCAGUGAAUGAGAUCAUCGACAGAGACAUAUCUCAGCUCAGUGGUGAUGGUGCAGCAGAGUCCAGCCAACCAGGACAGGAUCCUUAUGGAUGGGAUACUGUGAUACUCCAGUGA